GUAUGAGAAGUCAAAACCCCUUGUGCCUUGUUUAGGGUUUAAGCAGCCAAAUCAAAACAGCUCCAAUUCUCUCGCAAAUAACCCAUCCAGUUUCUGCUUCGCUUAACAAUGGCAACCCAAAACAACAGCGGAUCGGAGCUUGACCCGAACCCUGUUGCGGCGGAGACACCGGAACCGGAGGCUGAAAAGAUUGAUACUUUGGAUGAUGAAAUUCCUAUUGAGAAAAUUGUGGAAAAGAUCACGUUAGUGGGUGACCCUCCUUCAGUUGAAGUGAACGGGAAUGACGAUAUGGAUAACAACGAAGAUGAAGACGAAGAUGAAGACGAAGAUGAAGAUGAAGAUGAAGAUGAAAGUGAAAGCGAGAGCGAGAGUGAGAGCAAAAGUUCAGAGUCUGAGGCUUCUUCAUCAUCUUCAUCAGCAUCAUCAUCGUCAUCAUCUAGUUCUGGCAGUGAUGAAGAUGGGGAAAUAAGGGAUUCUGAUGAUGAGAAGAUGGUUAGUUGGAGUGCGGCUGGUGGUGAUUUUGAUGAUGAUGAUGAUGAAGUUGUUGUAGGACCAAUUAGGUCAAAGAAUGAGAUUCAGAAUUUGCCACCAGUUCCUACUGUGGAUGUGACUUUGGAACCACACCAUGAAAUGCUACCUGUUGGAGUUGUAAUGUCGAUUCUUGGUGCUAAAGUCAUUGUCGAAGGAGUGGAGAAGCAUGAACCUCUUAAUGAGGGUUCCAUUCUCUGGCUGACUGAAAGCCGCAAACCAUUAGGUUUAGUUGAUGAAAUCUUUGGACCAGUCAAAAACCCAUAUUAUGUUGUGAGAUACAAUUCUGAAAAUGACAUCCCUGCGGGAAUCCAAGGGGGAACAACUUUGGUCUCAUGUGUACCAGAAUUUGCUGAUCGUGUGCUUAAUAAUAAUAAGGAUCUUUAUAGGAAAGGCUAUGAUGCAUCUGGUCCAAAUGAUGAAGAGUUGUCUGAUGAAGUAGAGUUUUCGGAUGAUGAGAAAGAAGCUGAAUACAGGAAAUUGCAGAGAAUGACAAAGAGAGGGAAUAGUGAUCAAAAUCCUGGCAGGAGAAGAAACAAUAAAAAUAAGUUUUCAUUGAAAGAGAUGGUGCCACCUACUCUCCCUAAUGCAUCUGCAGCAGCACGUCAUGUGUUACAUACCGCCCCUAAUGCACCUGCAGUAGCACCAUUGGUUAAUCAUGGAAACCGUUCUUCAUUUUUAGGCACUGGACAGGGUGGAACUACCACAGUUUCUCCAUUUCAACCUUUAAAUGCAGGUCCUAACUUUGCUGCAAAUGCAAUGUGGGCAAAUCAGACAACAUUUCCUCAGCAGUCGCAGCUUUCCCUGCUUCCAAAUGCAUUUCCUACAAAUGCCAUGUCAUAUUAUCCACAAAAUACACAAUUUUCUCAUCAGUUUCCUGUGCGAGGAGGUCCGUUUCAACAGCAACCGAAUCCCAGUCACAGAACUCAUUUCCCAACUAUGAUGCCUGGGUUGCAGCCCAAUAUAUAUCCACAACAACCCAUGCAUGCACCCGGGUUUGUGGGUCAAAACCAAAUGCCAUUUCAACAGAAUCAGCCACCGCCUAUCUUUCAAGUGCAACAGGGUUCCUUCCAGCAGAGUCAGCCACCGCCUAUCUUUCAAGUGCAACAGGGUUCCUUCCAGCAGAAUCAGCCACCACCUAUUUUUCAAGCGCAGCAGGGUUUCCCACCCACUGAAUUGCAGCAAUCACCUAGUUCUAUUUCUGGUAACCCCUCUCAAUUUCAUCCAGGUUCAUCGGCUAGUCGAGGGAGACCAACAUUCCGUGCUGCCGGAAGGAAAGGGUGGCGGCCUACUAGGUGACGUCGAAAUGAUUGGUCGGGUUGAGCCCUUCUGCAGGGGUUGUACUUGCACAUUUUCCUGUAGCCUCUUGAAUUAUGAAAGGAAUUCUUGGGAUUCUAAAAGGGAUGAGUGGAGUUCCUGAUACCACAGGGAGGCUGCUGAAGUGGUUCAAAGCUUCCUAUCAAAAGCAUCGAGAAGGUAAGUAUGCUUAGGAGUCACAAGUUUGGCUUAACUCUUCAUAAAGCGAGGGCAAACUUAUGAUUGUAAAAUUAGCUGUUAGAUCAUAGUUAAGUUGAUAAGCACGUAACACAAACCACAAGGGGUAUGUUUGUUUUAGAUUUUGAUAUUGAUUUUGAAUGAAUUUUUUUUCAAUUUAGUUCUUGUGUUGAGGAAUGAUGUUUUAGUAGUGAAUUUAAUGACUGAUUUUACUUGAAGAGUAAUGUUAUUAAUUUAAACGAAAACAAUUUAUUGUAAAAAUUUCUUUCU